AUGUUACCUUGGUUCCGUACGGCCGUAGGUGCGCCUUCUUACAGGCCUGUAGCCUCAAGAUUACUCGUCAGGCUUCAGAGUACGGUAUCCCAAAGCGGUUCUGCUUCUGGGUCCAAUGAGGACGAAAUAACUGAUCUUGAACGAAGAGACCAGAUUUACCGCCGGCAGCGAAAAUUGACAUUGGCACAUGUCAAACUCAAAAGUCACGCCAAUGGCCAUCUCGCACCCGGUUCGACGCAUUUUAAGAAACCUAUACACGAUCAUCUCCACAAGGGACGCCCAAUCAGGGAACUUACGGCACCCAAGAAAAAGACUGCUGGUAGGAACAAUACCGGUCACAUAACUAUAAGGGGACGUGGAGGCGGCCACAAGCAACGCCACCGUUUGGUGGACUCUCAUAGAUUGCGUGGAGGAAAGCAAACUGUAGUCAGAAUAGAAUACGACCCCAAUCGGUCGGGUCACAUUGCGUUGGUGAAACAUAACGAAACAGGCGAUUUAUCUUACAUUUUGGCUGCUUCUGGUUUGAGAGCAGGCGAUGAAGUGGAGUCGUUUAGAAGUGGUUUACCCGCAGAUUUUCUCCAGGAAAUGAAGGAAACGAACAAUGGUGAAAUCGAUGAAGCAUUACUCAACUCUCGUAUCAUUCAGCGUGGUAACUGCUUACCGUUGCACAUGAUCCCCGUGGGUUCUAUCAUCCACAACAUUGGUUUGCAUCCUGGCGGAAGAGGUCAAUUAAUGAGAUCGGCCGGAACUUUUGGUCGCUUAUUAUCGAAGCAUCCCGAAGAAAACCGAGUAGUGGUGCGUCUCAGUUCUGGAGAACACCGUUACGUCAACAUAAAGUGCCAUGCCACAUUGGGUGUGGUGUCCAAUAAAGAACAUCAGGCUAUUUCAUGGGGUAAGGCCGGACGUAGUCGUCAUAGAGGCAGAAGACCUAUGGUUAGAGGUGUGGCUAUGAACGCAUUUGAUCAUCCUCAUGGUGGUGGACGUGGUAAGUCCAAGUCCAAUAAGGUGUCGCAAUCGAUGUGGGGUCUAAAGAAGUUUGCAAAGACCAGAAAGUUCAAAAACGUUAACAAGAGAAAGGUCCAGGACAGACCACGUAGAUAA